CUCCGGCCCAAGAAGACCCAGCAGCAACAAGCAACCAGCAACCAGCAGCAGCAACCAAGAUGGCCCGCACCAAGCAGACGGCUCGGAAGUCCACGGGCGGCAAGGCCCCGCGCAAGCAGCUCGCCACCAAGGCCGCGCGCAAGUCCGCCCCCACCGCCGGCGGCGUCAAGAAGCCGCACCGCUACCGCCCCGGCACGGUGGCGCUGCGCGAGAUCCGCAAGUACCAGAAGUCGACGGACCUGCUGAUCCGCAAGCUGCCGUUCCAGCGCCUGGUGCGCGAGAUCGCGCAGGACUACAAGACGGACCUGCGCUUCCAGAGCACGGCCAUCCUGGCGCUGCAGGAGGCGUCCGAGGCCUACCUCGUGGGCCUCUUCGAGGACACGAACCUGUGCGCCAUCCACGCCAAGCGCGUCACCAUCAUGCCCAAGGACAUCCAGCUCGCACGGCGCAUCCGCGGCGAGCGCACAUAAGCGGCCUGUGGGCCCAUUGGUGUCCUUGCUCCUCCCUCCCUUGGUGGCGCUCUCCGGGCAGUAGCGCCCAUUCAAGUUUUUUUUCUUAUCGCCAGUUAGCUUUCUUUGGCUUGCUGUGUGUGAUGGGGCGUAGUACUCAAGCACGCAACCCGUAGUAUUUUAGCCUUAUUAUUUGCAGUAAGAAACCUCUUCCAAACACGAAACGUUCCCUGGUUUGCUUC